AUGAAGUACAUUCUUUUGACCACUGUCUUUGCCGCUGCCUGCGCAGCUGGACCUCUGGCUGAAGUCAGAGAUCUGACUGGCACGCCCGAGAACACUCUCACCUAUGUCGACAUUACUCCGGCUGAUUUGGAGCCGCAGAACGCAAACUUGACCGAUAUCGUCGCUAGAGAUACGCUCCCCAACACCAGCUGCCCGGCUGGACAGACUUAUGAUCGCUCGAUUACGGAUACCCCUUGCGGCGCCAACGAAAUCUGUGUCCAGCGCCGCCUCGUCAGCAACGGCAAGAGCUAUGCCAAGUGCAUUCCCGUCGUCGACCUUGUCUUGUGGAAGACCAGCCCGGACGGAAACAAGGAGGGCUGCACUACCACCACCGUCAAGGGUGGAGGAAACCACCACGUGGGAACCAUUGUUUACGAUGUGAACAAGAACCCUAUUCAGGUCGACAAGAUUCGUUACCUCGGAGAGCCUGGUGAGGUUGAUGAGGGAAUUGGCGGAUCUACCCCGUUCUUCAGCAGCAACCUCUUCAGCUUCGCUGGAGGCCACUACCUCAAGACUUGCGUCUUCGCCGGUGGCUUCGGAAACCUGAACGCCUACUCCUCGGCUUGGGUCUAA